UAAAACAGGAGCCAUCUCCUAAAACACAACACUUUCCCUCGAAAACCUUAUCCGCUUCUCUCAAGCGUCAAGCUUCAACCAUGGCGUCACUGAUACUCGGAGCUCUUCCAAUCCCCACUCAAACGCUCACUUUCAGCUCUCGCAUUUCGUUUUCUCAGUCUGAAACCCUAUCCAUUUCUCUCCCCUCCUCCACAGCUUCGCUCCCAGUCUCCACAGCUACCACUCCAUCAGUCCCUUCAGUGUACUGCGGUAGGGGCGAUAAGAAAACCGAAAGAGGAAAGCGUUUCAAUCACUCUUAUGGCAAUGCUAGGCCUCGGAACAAGAACAAGGGAAGAGGUCCACCUAGGGUUCCGGUGCCUGUGGCUCCCCCUAAGAAAGAUAAGUUUGAAGACGAUACAGUUGUCAAGGUUGAAAUUGAUGAGUCUCUGUCUUAGCUAGUUGAGCCCAGUCUCUAUGAUUUUUAUUUAUAAUUGUAAUUUAUGUACCUCGAAUUGCUUUAUUUGAUGAGUCUUUGAUCAAUACUUUUCUUGGUCUUGCUUGGUAUUAGUGAAUUCAAUUAAGCUUUAAACUUCAAUUUCCAUAUGUGUUUAUUUUUUGUA